CAGUCCCGGAAGUUUCCGGUAGCAGUUGUGAGUCAGCUGCCUGUCACCUGUUCUGUAGCUUUUGUCGCCGUUUCCUCCGGCUGUCCCUGGCAGCGCCCGGGCACUCUUCUAUUUCCACCAUGGACGAGAACAGCCCGCUGGUGUCUCCGGAGCGGGAGCUUCCUGACUACACCUUCCAGUCUAAGCCUUCCCCGGUGUCCCCGGCACCGCUCAGCCCCGCCGCUCGCACCGUGCCCGGGGUAGUGGUUCGGAUCCCGCAGUCCUCCCCGCAGUGUGUCCCGGCGCCUUCUCCCCCCGGCUCCCCCACAGAGGAGAGGCAGCCGCUGCUGGAGCGCAGCCAUCACCGGAGCAAGAACUGCUUCCCGGACGACCCGGAGUUCACGGAGGUGGUGAGGCGGGCGGAGAGGGCGAUCAGCCGGGGCAUCUUCCCGGAGAGGAUCUACCAGGGCUCCAGCGGCAGCUACUUCGUCAAAGACGAGCAGGAGGAAGUCAUUGCCGUCUUCAAACCAAAAACAGAGGAGCCCUACGGCCAGCUGAACCCCAAGUGGACAAAGUGGCUGCAGAAGCUGUGCUGCCCCUGCUGUUUCGGAAGGGACUGUCUUGUUUUGAACCAGGGAUAUCUGUCCGAGGCCGGAGCCAGUCUAGUAGACCAAAAACUGGAGCUAAAUAUUGUUCCUCGCACUAGGGUUGUAUAUUUAUCCAGUGAAACAUUUAAUUACAGCGCCAUAGACCGCGUCAAGUCCAGAGGGAAGCGGCUGGCGUUGGAAAAAGUGCCAAAAGUUGGUCAGCGGUUUAAUCGGAUUGGAUUGCCUCCUAAGGUUGGCUCCUUCCAGCUGUUUGUUAAAGGCUAUAAGGAUGCAGAUUAUUGGCUGCGGAGGUUUGAGGCGGAACCCCUUCCUGAAAAUACCAACCGGCAACUACAGUUACAGUUUGAGAGGCUGGUGGUCUUAGAUUACAUAAUCCGGAAUACAGAUCGAGGCAAUGACAACUGGCUGAUAAAGUACGACUACCCCAUGGAGAAUGCAGCGUCCAGGGAUUCAGAUUGGAUCUUAGUAAGAGAACCCAUCAUCAAGAUUGCUGCUAUUGACAAUGGUUUGGCCUUCCCGCUCAAGCAUCCCGAUUCCUGGAGAGCCUAUCCUUUCUACUGGGCCUGGUUACCACAAGCCAAAGUUCCAUUUUCACAGGAGAUCAAAGAACUCAUCCUCCCGAAAAUCUCAGACCCAAAUUUUGUGAAAGAUUUAGAGGAAGAUCUCUAUGAGCUUUUUAAGAAGUUGUCUAAUCAUGAAAAAAAACUAGCGGUCAUCGGUUUGCCCCAUUUUCCGCUUCUGGAACUCCCAGCAGUCAGAUGUUCCCUCGAUGCAUUGGAAGCUGCAGCCGGCCAAACAUGUGCCGAACAUGUGCAGCACAGAUAUGUAGUGUCUACACGUCAGGUAUUCACAUGGAUGGGCCAGGAUAAAGAUCCGGGGUUUGAUCGAGGACAGUUCCACAAGCAGAUAGCAGUUAUGAGGGGGCAGAUCCUCAACUUGACUCAAGCUCUUAAGGAUGAGAAGAGUCCGUUGCAGUUGGUCCAGACUCCGCCUGUCAUAGUGGAAACGGCGCGGUCCCAUCAGAAGAGCACCAGCGAGUCCUAUACACAGAGCUUCCAGAGCCGCAAGCCAUUCUUUUCCUGGUGGUAACACACCGACAACCACUUGCUUUGGAAACGCCAGAAAGGUGUCAGUCUGCAGCUGUAAAGCCACUACUUGGACAUCAAACGAGAUGAAAACUGACAAGUGGAGAGAACGUACAGUCUGAAUUUUUGGGGCGCUAUUAUAAUUGACUAAUUCACUGCCAUGAAAUAUAUACUAAACUAAAUCCAUUCCUGGGUGCAUGCAUGUGGCAUUAGGGAUGCUAUACGACACCGCGUGUAAUCACAGAAUUCAAGCCAAGAUGAAGCAAUUACCCUUUAAUUGUAUUAUUACCGAAUCCAUCCAAGAAAUGCUAGCCAGCAGGAAAACGUCCACACUACCUGAUACUACUACAUAUAGUACCUGCGCACUUUCUCCUAGAGCAGAUUGCUGGAAGUUGUAGUUCCACGGAUCUGGCUCUUCCCUAAACCUGAUUUUGAAAUAACCUAGUCAUGCACGCCAACCUUGCAACAAAAUUUCUAGAACUAGAGGUACCGCAUAGGUAUGACAUGUGCAUGUUCUAGAUUACUGGACAGUGCAUCGUACAGACUGCCACCUAAUGGAUUCCAGUGGUAUUGCAUGCACUGGUAGUUGUACAGUCUGUAUGAAGGCAGUGGGGGGACUUGUUUUCCCAGCCUCUUGCUCCGUGUGUGUGUAUAGGGGAUAUACACACAAUGACACGCUCGUGAUCCCUGCACAUGCUCCAAAGUUUAAGUUACAAAACCCUCAGUGAGGGUUGUAUUAUAUUUUUUAAAGGUACAGAUAGCAUCGGUUGUGUUUUAGCCUUCUCCAUAAAAUCUGCUAUUUAUAAUUUCGGCAAAUCUUUGUGGAUUUGUUCAGAAAGGAAAACUGGCUGUUAAAAAAAUAAAUUUAAACGCAAACCCUAUGGCAGAUAAAAUAAAUGUUAACCAUUUAAAGGUC